UAAGCCUAGAGGCUGUCAAGUAUGUCUGCCACAACCUUCUUCACAACUACCCAAUUCUUGCUCUUCUUCUUCUCCCUCACCACCAUCACACUUGGUGAUGCCAACAUCCAAGGGGAAGUACUGAAUCCUCCAGCCCAAGGAACUGAGAAGGUGAGCCAUAUUCACUUUUAUUUCCAUGAUAGCCUGGAUGGGCGGUACUCUAUCCGCAUUGCCGCUGCGCCGCCGUUUUACAAGUCGGCGACCCCAUUUGGUCUUGCCGCUGUUGUUGAUUCCCCGUUGACGGAAGGGCCUGAUCCAGGAUCCAAGUUGGUUGGAAGAGCACAAGGGCUGUAUGUCAUAGCUUCAAAGGAAGAAGUUGGCUUGCUAAUGGAUUUGACAUACCAGCUCUACGAAGGAAAGUACAAUGGGAGCAGCAUCAGUGUGCUUGGGCGGAAUGCAGUGCGUAAUCCAUUGAGGGAGAUGCCGGUUGUGGGGGGAACUGGCCUUUUCCGGCUAGCCCGCGGUUACGUACAAGCUAAGAACUACCUUUACAACCUCACAAGUGGGCUUGCAAUUGUGGAAUAUGAUGCAUUUGUGAUGCAUUAUUAGUGAGAUGGUUGGCUUUUAUGGUGUUAUUGUGCGCUUUGAGUUCGAAACUUCCAUGCAUGUUAGUACUGUUCGUUGCAAGAUGUCAUGUUAAGUACUCAAAAGUAGUAGCGACCCUAUUUUCUUA